GUUCGGUGUCAGCCGUCGUUGGUGUCGGACGCGUGUCGCGCUCUAGCCAGUCCAGUUACGAAAAUAACGUUGCGCGAGGGUUAGCAGUGUUAUUGUGGUGACAAAAUUAAGUGUUGACUAAGCGGUGUCCGUUUGAUGUUCGCUUUUAUAGCCGUUUCACUGGAUUUUCCGUUUUAUGUAAAAGUGUAAGUAGAAGUGACGUGUAGUGUUCACCAGUGGCAACAGUGAGUGUUAGUGAACAGUUAACAAAUAUGUUGUCAAAAUGAAGCUGUGGAAAAGCUUGAAGAUCUCUAUUGGCAAUCGAAGUGAUCCAAAGUCGUAUCCACACGAUUUGCCGCAAUGGGGCGGCCAGGGCUAUGAACUGGACGUGUUCAAAUCCCAAACAUCGUUAUCCACGGACUCCGGGCUCUGCACUGAGAGGGGCCUGCGAAGGACCCACAUAGAGCUCUUUAAGCCUCCAGGGAAACGAAUCGGACUUAAACUGGCAGGUCGAUCAGAACCCGGGAUCGCUCCAUCUAUUGUGGGCUUCACGAAGGACUCGGUCGCCCACGAGUCCGACCGGCUAGCCCCUGGUGACAGGAUUUGCAGCGUGAACGGUAUCUCCACGGCGCGACUCACUAAUGACGAAGUUCUUCGGCUACUGGACAAUGUGGAAGAACGAGCUUCACUUGAAGUGGAAUAUUACAUGCCUAAUUAUGCAUCGCAAAACUCGCUCUACAUCACAACCAAGCUAGCAGAGGUCCCGGUGGAGAAGAUUAAUGGAUCGUUAGGAGUGACUAUACGUGGUGGCCUACCGGAGAACUCAGCUCCAAGUGCGGAUCUAGUCCUGAACAGCAGGUCCCUUGAUGCUCAGCCACUGGUGGUCACUCAUGUGAGGCCUGGCGGAGCAGCCUACAAUACUUCAAGAAUAAAGCCUGGUGAUCGAUUGUUGAAAGUUGAUCAUAUUUCCCUAACCAACAAAACACUAUCAGAAGUCCACCAAAUACUCCAGAAUUGUCCUCAAGUAACCAGUCUCACGAUAGAAUAUGACGUUUCUAUCAUGGAGUCGGUGAAAUUGGCAACCGGUCCCCUCCUGAUCGAGAUAGAAAGGCCUUGCAAUGAAGACUUAGGAUUGUUUUUGAGUAACCAAAGGAUACCUGAUGACGUGUACAGUUCAGGGUCUGAUACUUAUCAGAGGGUUGGUGGCUGUAAUGCUAUAUUCAUAGACAGUAUACUACCAGCCAGUAUAAGUGACAGGUGCGGUGCUCUACAUCCCGGAGACCAGCUCCUGGCUUUCGACGAUCACGUCAUUGACGGAAACAAUUAUACCGCCGAAGAGGUGAUGUGCUAUUUGGAAAAUUGCGAAGGCGGUUUCACGAGACUUCAUAUAGCACCGAGGCAUGUUUUAGCCCAUGCUGGACGGUUCACCCGAGAAAACUCAGUAUCCGGCUCGUCGACCCUCAACGCUAAGAAGCACAGGCAAAGGAACUUCAGACAAAGUUCGAUGCCAAAACUUGGCUUAACAGACGAUUACGCAGAAAAUCAGCAGAACUAUAUGAGCAUGGGCGUGUGUCGCGUGGAGUCUCUCAACAUCCAGCUGGAAGUGCCUCCAGGCCAAAGCAGCGGUUUGGCUGUCCACGAAGACAACACUGUACUUGUUAUUUCACAUGUAUCUUCUCAGUCACCAGCUUAUCGGUCUGGCUGCUUGCAAAUCAGGGACAGAGUAAUGUCCAUCAAUGGACAUGAAAACCUAACUGUUGAUGUUGCAAAUGAAAUUUUACAAAGAAGAAAUGAUUCGCAUAACAACAAAUACUUAACUUUAAAUGUGGAAUUCAGUAUGCCUAAUACCAUAGAAGCGUCUAGUGGUGUGUUUAAUGUUAAAUUAGCUAAAACUACUGCUGGCCUUGGAGUAACAAUUACAGGGUGUAAGCAGAAAUUAUUGAGUAAUGAAGAACCAAUGAUGAUAUCAGACAUCAAGCCGGGAUCGGUUGCACAUCGAAGUGGAGCUCUUGCCCCGGGAGAUCAACUCCUAGCUAUCAAUGGACAGCCACUACAUAAUUUAUCGCUAGACACAGCAUUUAAUAUACUACAGAAUUCACCAGAAGACAUAAUUACGUUGAAGGUUAGAAAAAGAGAUUUAACAGAAGACUGGUCAAAUGUACACAAGAACGCAAAACUUACCUUGCAAAGUUUCAGUAAUAUAGAAACUAAAGCUGUAGUGCACAGCGGAGAAGAUUCAGGACAUCAUACUGAUAGUCCAAACAACAGUGCUAAAGAAAGUGAAAGAAGCCAUUGUAGUAACGAAAAUAAUGCUGUUUUCACUGUAGAGCUCAUAAAGCAAGAAAACGGUCCCUUAGGAUUAACGAUUGCGGGUAGCGAAGAUAUAAACCAACCUAUUCUGUUAAGUGGAUUGGUGGAAGGUGGUGUGGCUGAGAAGUGUGGUAAACUAGCUAUAGGUGAUGAACUGUUGAGUAUAAAUGGUGAAAGUGUUUUGAACAAACCAUUGUCGGAAGCUAUAAAAUUACUACAACAAAGUGGUCAAAGAGUUCAGUUGCAACUGUGCAGGAAAGUAACAGGAUCUUUGGAUAAUGCAGAAUCAGCGAGUGCAAGGGAUUCUAGCCAUUCGACAUCAAGUCCAGGCUUAUCUAACGAUAGUGCUGUUGAAUCCUGGGAUCAGAAUACACCAGUUAGAACAAGCGCGAACUGUGUUUAUGUCGUAGGUACCUCAGAAAUUAUAGAAUACGCAGUUCCAGAUAAAAGCCGAAUUACGGAGAAACAACCAUAUUCUCCAUCGGAUGAUGAUAAGCUUAUGGCUUCAUUCAACUCAGCCGCACCAUACACUAUCAACGACUUACCACUACCAAACUAUUCUUUGAAUAAUUCGCUUAAAACUUUCCAUUAUGAAAAUAACUGUAUCAUUCCUGAAGCUACGCUAAAAAAUAAACAAAAUAUAACGAGAGAAGACGACGUGCAGCAAAUUGAAAUUUUGACCUCGACAAUGAAAGACUGCAAAUUGCAUAACAUGGAAAGAUCUUCGUGCAAAUGUGAAUACGUGCAGAUGAGACCAUAUGGUUUUGUAUCACCGAAAACCAGGAGGCCUGAUUGGGAUGAUUUUUUGAAUAACGGUAUCUACACGGUAACAACACCUCAGAAAUCACCAAUGAAGCCCGGUGUUCCGGGAACAAGCUUUCAGUUCUCCACAAGCCCUAUUUACGAAAAUGACGUCCCAGGUUUAUACAGUACCGAGACAUUGUCCCCGGCUAAAGGAUCUAUUCAUCAUGUCAUUUUGUACAAAGACGCAAUCUACGAUGAUUACGGAUUCUCUGUGUCAGACGGAUUGUAUGAAAGGGGGGUUUAUAUCAACCGGAUUAGGAAGGGCGGCCCUGCAGAUAUCGUCGGUUUGCUACGGCCUUACGACAGGAUUUUACAGGUGAAUGGAACACGAACAGUGGAUUACGAUUGCUGUUUGACAGUACCAUUGAUAGCGGCCGCUGGUGAUCGUCUCGAAAUUGUGGUCCAAAGGCUUGUUACGUCCCGAGAAUUGAAAAAUCAGAGGUUUGAGGAUAGCUCCAGCCCGAGUGAAAGUAGUAUAGUGACGAAGACGAUUUAGUGUAUAACCCGGCUGUAAUGUGAUUACAUCCAGAGAGACAACUCAGUGAAUAAGUGCAACAUUUUCAAUGUGGACAAAGUAAAUAAUCAGUGUUAAGCUCCGCGUCGGGAUCGCUUCAUAGAAAAUUAGAUUAAUACGAAUAGUUAAGUUAGUGCCCUAUGCGAAUAAGGAGUUAGGGUUCAAAUGAUUUAUAUACGGUUUAAUAUGAGAUGUGUUUAAAACAUUUUCCGAAAUGAAAAAUUUCAAUGCAUUUUUUUUAUUCUAUUGGGUGAACCUUAAGAGUACUUUAAUUGAGUCUGCGAUUGAUUUAAACUUUUAGAACAGAAACUGACAGAUUAUGAAAGGUCAACGAACCCUCAAAAUUAAGUGAGAGGCUAUUUCAGAGGCAUCAAAUCUGUGCUAGAGUAUAAUGAAAUAGGCCUUUGAUUAAACAUGUGCAAACAGAUGUUGUUAAUAGCAUAUCCAUAAGUUAUCAAGAGAUAACUUAGAGGCAUUAUUCUAAGACAUUUUAUCAGUUGAAUUGAAAUCAAUUUUAAACAAAUCGCAUCUUGAGGUGUAUGAUUCGAAGUUUGUAAUCCUGUUUUAACAUUUUCUUUUAUUUUAAGUAGCUGUGAUAACCCAGUUGAGAUUUUUAGUUCCGAAUACCUGAAAGUAUUUUUAAUAAUUGUGAGUGAUUAAAAACUUCUUUUUUAUUUUACAUUUGUUUAAUUAUUUGUUUAUUUAACGAUUUUAUUUUACUUAUUUUAUAGUUUUCACGGAGACACAUAACCGUGUAAAUGUAUAAUUUUAAAAUUUUGAACGAAAUACGAAAAGGUAACCAAUUAAAAAAUUAUGCUAAGAUUUAUUAUUAGGGAUUAACUGUACAUAAUUUAAAAGAGCAAUUUAUAAUUAGAAUACAAAAGAUUAGGUGCUAUUUUAUUUUAUUUCGAUUCUUUUUUAAUUUAGUUUAAUACAAAUACUCUAUUAACAUGCUGGGAAAUUUUUAUUCAAAUGCAAUGUUUUUUACUUUGUUAUAUUAUUAUAUUUGCCGGUAAAGGCUUCAUAUGAUUUUAAGAUAAAUAAUAAAUACAUCAAAUUACUUGUGUUUUAUGUAACUUCUACCAAAUAAUAAACACCAAAGAAAGUUAUGCCGUGUCUUGCCGUGUUAUUUUACUAUUACUGUAAGAAUAGAUGUAACUAAUAAUGAAAUAAUAACAAUGCCAAAGAUUAACCAAAAUUGAGUAAUAGCCUCUCUGUUUCCAUGAUCCUCUCGAUUAAAAUAAAGUAAUUUUAAAAACAAUAUGUGUCAGAUUUUGAUUUGUCUAUUUAUGUCAAUGUGUUUAUUAAAAAAAAAUGCGACUCAACAUUUUCAUGAUUUUCUUAGUUUUAAGAGUGAACAUGUAUUUCGAAUGUAUAGAUUUUAGUUAGUUGAACUACAAGUUCAAUAAACUAAUAUAAUUCAUUAGUUUACGUGCAAAUAGAUUAAUUGCUAAGAUUAUUAAUAUUUAGGCAAAAAAAAGUAAAAUUUGUAGCUACUGAAAUCAGAUCGGUAGCAUAAUAAAAUAAUAUGUUGUAUGUUAAGCAAAAGAUACUAAUCUGUGUGUUUCCGCAUCGCCCGUGUGUUUCUUAAAACUUAAUAUAGUUAUUGUUGGCAAUUCUGAGAAAGUUUCUGGCAUGCCAUAAUAAAACACAAUUAAUGACGAGUGUUCUCUCCGAACAAUAUAUGUUUAUCUCAUUUGUAAUAUUUAGACGCCAUGACGUAUUUUCUAGCUUAUCGUAAGAUACAUAAUAUUUCUAACCAAAGUACAAGAUAAGCACUUUAUAAAGAUUAUAAUUUUCAUUCGUUUUAUUGGCUGAUAUCAAUUUAAAGAUCUAAAAAGAACCUGCUUAACAACCGAGCAGUGAUGGAGUUAUUCGAGAUGGAGUAAUUUAAUAAGUAGAUUAAAUCAGCCUUCACUUACUUCCUCAAUAAAACAUUCAUUCAACUUCGGUUUUCGAUUAAAUAAAAUAAAAAAUUGUAAAAAUAUAAAGGAGUAAAAUAUGAUUGAUUACAUUAAAGUUUAGAAAUGAGCGUUUGAAUCUUUAGAAUAGUUAUUGUACAGUUAAUUUGUAACUUUAUAGAAAAUAGAAAUGUUUGUUGUAGAUAGAUCAAUAUAAAAUGUUUUAUUAGAUUUGUAACGUUUUCAUGAAAUUGUAAAUAUUAUGAAAAUUAAGUAAUACUUUGAUGUAAUUAGUAAUAAAAAGAAUGCGUGACAUGUAAAUCUGAUUUGUGUUGUUUUUUUUUUCUUUCAUCGCUUCAAUAUUUCAUUAAUUCGUUGAUUCAGCAACAAAUAACAUCAUGUCCUUAAAAAAAAACACUAAGUCAUAAACUUUAAUGUGGAUUCUGAAGUCGUUAAUAAAUUGGUUUUUUUUUACUUUUUCGAACGAUUUGUCAGUCAUCGUAAGUUUUAAAACAAAUUUUUUUAGUCCGAUGUUUCGAUACUGUUUCUCUAUUAGUCUUUUGAAAUAAAAUCAGUGAGAAUGAAACCAUUGGAGUUUUCAUAUAGAAGAUCUGUAUAAGAAAACCAAAGGAAAAUCAUUCAGUUGUAGAUAGUUGUAUAAUGGACUUUUACAUUUAUAUUUUUGUAUCUUAAAUUUUAAGAGUAAUUUAUGUACAUUUAUUUCUAUUUACAUUUAACCUAUUAUUUUAAUUAAUUGGGCUAGAACGUAAUUAUCACUGAAUCAAUAAAACGAUAUACAUGA